GCCUCAGGUCAGCCAGCCUAGAGAGCACACUCAGUGACUUCAAUACGAGAAUAACAUCUCAAACUUCCUGCUUGUUGCCAUGACAGCAGGAUUUAGGGUUGCCAUGUCGGCAUAUCAAGACUCUGGCCUGACAUAAAUCAUAACUUUCGUGGCUCUUCAAACCAGACGUGGCAACCCAGUAGAGCAGCGCUAGCUAGCAGAUGAUUGACACACUCAGGAUAUCUUCGCAUCACUUCACAAGGUGAGUUAUGGCAAAUCAGUAUGAUGAUGUCGCCUUGAUAAAGGGUCACACCUUCACUGGACACACCCUCCAUCAUUCAGACAUGGAUCUGGACAGAAUCUACAUGGACUAUAAUGCUACUACGCCUCUGGAGCCAGAAGUAAUUCAGGCGAUUACUGAAGCCCUGCAGGAUGCCUGGGGAAACCCAAGCAGCAACUACAUAGCAGGUGUCAAAGCCAAGACUAUCAUUACUCAGUCCAGAGAGAAUGUGGCAAGAAUGGUUGGAGGUAAAGCAGAGGACAUCAUUUUCUCCUCAGGUGGAACAGAGGCUAAUAACCUGGUGCUCCACACUGCUGUAGAGCACUUCAGGAGGAACUGCAGAGCUGCAGAGCAAGAUGACGGCCGCCAGAAUGGAAGCAACGGCCUUCCUCACAUCAUCACCUCUAAUGUGGAACACGACUCCGUCAAACUAGCAGCUGAGCACCUACAGAGGGACGGCAAGGCAGAUGUGACUUAUGUGCCUGUGUCUAAGGUGACAGCCCGUGUGGAGGUGGAAGAUAUCAUCGCAGCUGUGCGUCCCAACACUUGUCUCAUCUCCAUCAUGCUGGCCAACAAUGAGACAGGAGUCAUCAUGCCAGUCCAAGAGAUUUGCCAGAGAAUAAAGUGUCUCAACAAGCAGCAUCAUCGGCUCAGGAUCCUGCUCCACACUGAUGCUGCCCAGGCUCUGGGGAAAAUCCGAGUAGAUGCCUGUGAGCUUGGAGUGGAUUACCUUACCAUAGUAGGACACAAGUUUUAUGCCCCUAGGAUCGGCGCUUUGUACGUGAACAGCCCUGGAACGAAAACGCCAUUGUAUCCCAUGCUGUUUGGUGGAGGGCAGGAGAGGAACUUCAGGCCAGGCACUGAAAACACGCCAAUGAUCGCUGGUCUGGGAAAGGCUGCAGAACUGGUGACCACCAAUCUGUUACAUUAUGAGAGUCAUAUGCGAAGUAUCAGACUGUACUUGGAAGAACGACUGCAGGCUGUUUUUAAAGACAGGAUCCACUUCAACAGCCGUUACCCCGGCUCUGAUAACCUUCCCAACACAUGUAACGUGUCCAUUCUGGGCCCAACAUUACAAGGCUGGAGGGUAUUGUCCAACUGUAAUCGGCUGUUGGCCAGCGUUGGAGCCGCCUGCCACUCAGAUAGUGGAAACAGGCCCUCCCACAUCCUUCUGAACUGCGGGGUCCCCACAGAGGUGGCAGCCAAUGCCUUAAGGUUGAGUGUGGGCAGGGGGACAUCCAAAGCAGAUGUGGAUGCAGCUGUGGAGGAUCUGAGGGACACCGUGCGACUGCUGGAGAAAACGGACUGACAGCCUUCAUGUGCUUAAACCACAGUUAUCCAUCAGGUCAAAUCAGGAUGUACAGAAUCAGGAAUGCAUCAUCUGUGUUUAUUCUUACAUGAACUGAUCAUGUAAAAUUGAUGAAAUAUUUAAUAUUAAAUUAAGUUAAAUUAAUUAAUAAAAGGGAACUGGAAGUCACUCAGGGGAUAAUGUUAUGGAUGAGAUGAAUAUACUCAGCUUCCAUCAUGUCAUGUGAGUAGCUAAUCGGCUAAUUGACUCUUCUGGAGUGUUAUUGAAAUAAAAUAUUUACAUACAACUUUAAUGAUUUUUUUUUCACUUAAAAUAAUCAACCAUGAGAUUUCUCACACAGAGUUUAACCUCGCGAGUUCAUCACCCGUUAGUCGACCCCAAUGAGAUGAAUUUUUAAAAUAGUUGUAAAAAAUAACGCUC